AUGGGGCGAUGCGGGGAGAUUGUGGGGCUGAGGGGAGCGAGGCUGGAAUUGGGGAAGAUGCUGAGGAAUCACGUCCACGUUUUUCUCCAGAUGGGCCCGUCUUCCAUGAGACAGGGAACGGAAAUGUCUGUGAUGGAGCCAGCUCAGAUGCCGGUGACCUUCGAGGAGGUGGCUGUGUAUUUCACUCAGGGGCAGGGGGCUCUCCUGGACCCUGCUCAGAGAGCCCUCUACAGGGACGUCAUGCAGGAGAACUACGAGACGGUGACCUCACUGGGAUUCCCCCUUCCCAAACCUGAGCUGAUUGCCCGGCUGGAACGAGGGGAGGAGCCCUGGGUGUCCGAUCUCCAAGUCUGCGAGGAAAGAAGGCUUCCGAGAAGCACCCGUACAGGUGCUGAGCGAGGGAGUGAGAAUGAGGCGGGGAAUCAUCAUGAGGAAGUUCCUGGGGAAGUGGAACCGCAGGGGACCUUUGUGGGAAGAGCUGAAGGGAAUUUUUCCCAGUGCUUGGAGCAGGCAGAAGCCUGGGGAAGUUGGCAUAGGUCAGAGAGGCUUCUGGGACACCUCCCAGGGAAGAAAGUGGAUGAAUCUGUUUACGGUGGGGGAGGAGAGGAGGAUCCCAGAGCGCCGCAGACAAAUCCCAAGAAAGAGCCACCCUGGCACUACCUUCAGUCUCUCGAGUGCGGGAAAUGUUUCAUAUCAAAGACACAAAUAAUUAGACAUCAGUUAAGCCACACAGGGGAGAGACCCCACAACUGCUUGGACUGUGGGAAAAGUUUCACAGAGAGGGCAAACCUUUUUCAACAUCAGGCAUUACAAACAGGAGCGAGACCCCACAAGUGCUUGGACUGUGGGAAAAGUUUCAUAAGAAGGUCACACCUUGUUUAUCAUCAGGCAAUCCACACAGGAGAGAGACCCCACAAGUGCUUGGAUUGUGGGAAAAGUUUCAUAGAGCGGUCAAACCUUGUUUAUCAUCAGGCAAUCCACACAGGAGUAAGACCCCACAAGUGCUUGGACUGUGGGAAAAGUUUCAUACAGAGGUCAGACCUUGUUAAACAUCAGGCAUUACACACAGGAGAGAGACCCCACAAGUGCUUGGACUGUGGGAAAAGUUUCAUACAGCGGUCACACCUUGUUACACAUCAGGCAAUCCACACAGGAGAGAGACCCCACAAGUGUGUGGACUGUGGGAAAAGUUUCAUAGAGAGAUCAAACCUUGUUCAACAUCGGGCAAUCCACACAGAAGAAAGACCCCACAAGUGCUUCGACUGUGGGAAAAUUUUCAUACAGAGGGCACACCUUUUUCAACAUCAGGCAAUCCACACAGGAGAGAGACCCCACAAGUGCUUGGACUGUGGGAGAAGUUUCAUAAGAAGGUCACACCUUGUUUAUCAUCAGGCAUUACACACAGGAGACAGACCCCACAAGUGCUUAGACUGUGAAAAAUGUUUCAUAACAAGGUCACAACUAGUUCGCCAUCAGGCAAUCCACACAGGGGUGAGACCACACAGGAACUUGGACUUAGGGGAAAGUUUUAUACAAAGAUCAAACCUUGUUCAACAUCAGGCAAUCCACACAGGAGAGAGACCUCACAAGUGCUUGGACUGUGGGAAAAGUUUCAUACAGAGGGCACACCUUAUUGAACAUCAGGCAAUCCACACAGGAGAGAGGCCUCACAAGUGCUUGGACUGUGGCAAAAGUUUCAUAAAAAAGUCAAAUCUUGUUCAACAUCAGGCAAUCCACACAGGAGAGAAACCCCACAAGUGCUUGGAGUGUGGGAAAAGCUUCCGAAGAAAGUCAAAACUUGUUGAACAUCAUGCAAUCCACACAGGAGAGAGACCCCACAAGUGCUUGGACUGUGGGAAAAGUUUCAUACAAAGAUCUGACCUUGUUAAACAUCAGGCAAUCCACACAGGAGCCAGACCUCACAACUGCUUAGACUGUGGGAAAAGUUUCAUACAAAGGUCCGACCUUGUUAAACAUCAGGCAAUCCACACAGGAGAGAGACCCCACAAGUGCUUGGAGUGUGGGAAAAGCUUCAGAAGAAAGUCAAAACUUGUUCAACAUCAGACAAUCCACACAGGAGAGAAACCUCACAAGUGCUUGGACUGUGGGAAAAGUUUCACAGAAAGGUCAAACCUUCGUAAACAUCAGGCAAUCCACACAGUAGAGAGCCCCACAGGUGCUUGGACUGUGGGAAAAGUUUCAUACAGAGUUCAGAGAUAG